AUGCCGCCACGACCACCGACUUCAUGGGGAGACCUGUCCUACGUCCCCUCGGGCGGGUUCUUUGAGCCGCCGACGAUACCUAGCGAAGAGCCGGAGCUAGAAGAGCAACAGGUCCUGGUCUUCGGACAGCAAACCGUGAUGCCCGCGGAACCCGUCAACGGCUUCGGGAUCCCGCAGACGGCGAUGCGAACGCUGGAACUCAUGGAGAGUGUAUCGACUUUGGAGGAUCUCAUGGUAGCAUCCAAGCGUGAAGGAUGGGGCCCUAAAGAGUCGUUAACAAAGUACGCGAAAGAACUUCAGAAGAAGGGCCGGAGAGUCAAGCCUCCGUCGUACCCAAUGCAUAAAGAAGGACAGGCCACCCUCUUUCUCAGCCCACCAGAGGGUCUACCAACGCCAAUUAUGCCGACCAUACCGCCACCGCCUGCCUCGUCCGUGCAGAUCCCUCCGGUACCAGGCUCGGCAGGCGGCACACCCUCCAUGAGCAAUUCCGCGCCGACGUUAUUCACCCCCGCCCCGCCGAACGUCACGAACCCAAGUGGCGCUGCUUCAGCCUCUGCAACCCCCGCUCCCGCCGGCGCUCCCACUCCCACCAUCCCCCCUCCUUCUCAAAAUGUCAACCAGACGCCUUCGUCGACAACCGCCUCCCCACAAACUGCGACUAACGUGACGCCGCUCUCCUCGCCGCAGAAGCAGCACAAAGCGAUACCUGCGCGGAACCGGAACGCUGGCGCGUCCGCACCGUCAGCGGGUGUCAAGCGCAAGCAGAGUACGUCGAAUACGGAGUCGGACCCCGCGCCCAAGCGUGCCUCGCGCAAACGCAAGUCCGGCGCGGGGAGCUAA